AUGCCACCACGACAGGAAAUGUUGCAAUCUCAAGAAUCAGUUGGAAUCACCGACGAGAUGGAUUUUGAGGAAUCACAACAGACAGAGACCCAACAGGAAUCCCAAAUGACGCAAACAAUGACUCAAACACAAGAUAUACUAACCCCUCCUGAUGAAUCCUCCAAUCUUAUUCCACCAACCAGCGCCAAUUCCCCCCUUACUCCACCUCCGAUAAUUCCCUGGGGCCGAUUAGUACCUUCUGGAAGCAAGAUGCCGCCUAAAGAUUUCAUGCCGGAUCAAAUGGAGUACUGGGCAGGCCGAGGAGGUAAAUCAGAUAUAGGAUUGCACAAGCCAAAAGUCGGCAAAAAGUGGUCCAAAAGUCAACUCGGCCACAUGGAGCAUGCGCAUUCCAUGAUUAGUCACAGGCAUUGUCGCAUCUUUUGCGAAGCUGGAGUCGGUACGGAACCAAAUCAAAUAUAUCUGGAAGAUCAAUCUCGAAACGGAACGGUGAUCAAUCAAUCCACAGUCCUGAAAUCCGGCGAACAACGUCUCUUGCACUCUGGCGAUGAAAUCUGUUUGGUAAAUGCUGCCACACUGCGCAAGCGCGUAAAGAACCCUCGCUUACUGGAAGCAAUCCUUCAGCAUUUUACAUUCAUCUUUGUCCAACCAUCCAAAACACAGCGGCGAGCCUAUGUGAAUCCGCGUGUCAUGAACUACCGGCAUCGAACCAACAGCUUAGGCAGCAUUGCAACAACAUCGCCGCCGGCUCAUGUACGACGAAUCGAAACUCUUUACGAGCUUCGAGAAAAGAUUGGGGAUGGUACUUCCGGGCAAGUUCGUCGGGCCAUUCACCGACAAACGGGCAAGGAAUUUGCCGUCAAGGUGAUUUCGCUACGACGUCAACUCAACAGCAAGCAAAUGGAAGAAGAAGUGAGCCUCAUGCGGACGCUGGAUCACCCCUACAUUGUACAGUUGGUAGAUGUCUUUGUGCAGUCGGGCGUGGCCAUGUAUUUGGUCAUGGAGCUAGUGGCUGGCGGCGAUCUCUUUGAUCGGAUUGUCCAACAAGAACGGUACACCGAAAUGGAUGCUCGAAGGGCCAUGCGACGAUUACUUAGUGCGGUUCAUUACUUACACGAGACGUGCCAUAUUGUGCACCGUGAUCUAAAGCCCGAGAAUAUACUUUGUGCAUCACCAACGGAUGUCAAGGUCGCAGACUUUGGUUUGGCCAAGAUUGUCAAUAGUGAUGGUCUCAAGACCUUUUGCGGCACACCACAAUACUUUGCACCCGAAGUUCUCAUGAGGCGAAAUACCGUGACGGGACAAGGACGAUACGGCAAGCCGGCCGACAUGUGGUCUUUGGGAGUCAUACUGUACAUCUUGCUGACGGGAAAGCCACCUUUUGGAAUGAUUGACUUUAUGGAUACCGAAAAUGACAAUGAAGAUCCAUAUGAAAAGCUACAAUUCGAUACCGUCGAGGAUGCGGAGCUGUGGAAAUCCAUGCCACAGGCCAAGGAUUUGGUGCAACAUUUGCUGCGAAUGGACCCCAAGCGACGGUGUUCCGUGCGACAAGCCUGUGACCACCCAUGGAUCAACAUGGAAGAUGGGGAUACCCACGUCCAUCCAUUGGACGACCCAGCAGUGACUGGUCGCAAGCGACUCGUUUUUGACGACGAAAAGAGCAAUAAUGUCAGGAAUGGUGUGAAAGAGACUGUUGCAACGGAGGAAAAGAAGGAAGAUGGAGAGGAGAAGCCAAGACUUGGGCCACAACACCCACGAAAGAACAUGUCCCAAAAAGACUUUAGCGAAGCAGCACUGGUGGCACAGACACACAGCUUUAUGGAGGUCGACGUAAGUGACCCUGACUCUUCGUCACCAAGGUCGUCCGCUAAGGGAACGUCGGGGUCACCAGGUAGGAAAACGAAGAAAACGAAAAAGACUACAUCAAGGCUCUUUCAAGAAGUAAUUGCGCAAAGGGUCCAAUCCCUUCCGAACCUGGCCCAGCUCAAUGUCGAGUCUAUUCCCGUGAAGGAACCAAGUGCCAAGAAGCAGAAAAUGGAAACGAAAAAGGAGAACGAUGAUGAAUAUUUGUCGGACCCACCAAACUCUCCCAAGAAAGAGAAGCAUGCUGUACCGAAACAUGGAACCCAGACAACGUCACCAAAUGACACGGCCACACCCGAAACUUCUUCACCACCUUCCAAGUCGAAAGUCACUCCGCAUGAUGGGGAAAUUCAAUCUCCCCGUCCAACAUCUCCCAUCAACGACAUUAACAGUCGCGGAAAUCGAUUCCGUCAAGGCGUUUUGGACCAACAGAACCAAAAGAAAUCUACUACUAGCGAAGAGAAGAAAGAAGAAGAAAAUUUGUCGACCAAGACGCCCAACAUUUCCAACGUUCGAAAGGCCAAGAAGGAUGCAGAACCUUCGAAAGAAGACAAUGACGAGGAGCAACAAGAGGAUUGCAUCCUGUCACAUUUUAGCUCGGAAGCACCAUCCAGUUUGGAAUCUUUUCCAGAGUCUCCCGUUGCCAACAAGAAUUCCGGCAAGAAGCGAGCACUCGAAGAAAUGGAAGACGAAGCCGAUCCCAAAAAAAAGAGCAAAAGCGCUACAAGGCAAAUGACAUUGAGUUCGUGGUUUGUCAAGAAAUAA